CCCAACGUGAGACCUAAAAAUUACCUAAAAUUUUCAAUUCCAUCUCUCAACUAUUCGUACAUAAUGGCAACAAUAAGCGAACAAUCAAUAUUUAUGAAAACAGGUGUGUAAAAGCGGCUUAUGUAUUAAGUGGUGUGUGUAAAUUGUUUCACGUAAAUAACAUGACAGUUAAUAUCAAAACAUCGAUUCAGUAAAAAAACAUUUCCAGAUGCACUUUAGGCCUUGAAUAGCGAGAAAAACAAUGAAAAUGUACGAACAACUAGAAUUCAACAAGGAAAACCUCUGUGCUAAAUAUCUGCGGAUAUUAGCAGUGGUCGCCGCUUACUGGGUAAUUUCGAUAUCGACAGUGUUUGUUAAUAAAGCCCUGUUGAGUGGCUUGAAUCUGGACGCACCUUUAUUCGUGACGUGGUUCCAAGUCAUAAUUUCCUCAAGUAUUUGCUUCUUUAUGAGCAUAGUGAGCAAAAAGUAUCCCAGCAUCAUACGUGUCCCUAGCGGAAACCCACUCAACAGAGAUGUUUUUCGAAAAGUUGUACCUCUAUCCAUUCUAUUUACUGCGAUGAUAGCAACGAAUAAUCUCUGUCUGAAGCAUGUCGGCGUUGCAUUCUACUAUGUGGGACGUUCGUUGACGACAGUAUUCAAUGUUAUUUUAACUUAUUUUCUGUUGGGACAGAAGACUAGUGGCAAGACUAUGCUUUGCUGUCUAUUGAUUGUAGCGGGAUUCUGGAUAGGAGUUGACCAAGAAAGUCUAACUGAGUCUUUUUCGCUUAUAGGUACAGUUUUUGGCGUGCUCGGUUCAUUCACUCUUUCUAUUUAUUCAAUACACACUAAAAGCACAUUGCAACAUGUGAAUCAAGAAGUAUGGCUUUUAAGUUACUAUAACAAUGUAUACUCGGCUGUUAUUUUCAUUCCUUUGAUACUCCUCAAUGGAGAGCUCCCAAUAAUUCUAAAUUAUGAACAUCUAGCGGAGCCUUGGUUUUGGGGUGUAAUGCUAAUAGGAGGAUUAUGUGGGUUUGCAAUCGGCUUCGUAACGGCACUCCAGAUUAAAGUUACUUCGGCACUAACACAUAAUAUAUCGGGAACGGCCAAAGCAUGUGCUCAAACUGUAAUAGCUACAUCAUGGUACAGCGAAGCUAAAUCAUUCCUAUGGUGGUCAUCAAACGUCGUGGUCCUGCUUGGAAGUGCUCUCUACACACGGGUCAAGCAGCUUGAGAUGGAUCAGCGCCAUCAACAACAACUGAAUAGUCACAAAGUUUGAAGCUUUAUUUUAGUCAUUUGGAUAAUUUCUAUCUGAUUUAUUUUAUCGACAUUAACAAAGCAUGUAAAACAAAAAUGGGCAUUUAUUCAGAAUAUGACGGCCAUUCUC